GUCCGCGACCGUCAGGCCACCCUGCUGCUUCCUCUCGUCAGUUCAAUCUUCGCGCAAGUUUUCUUGUUUACUUCGAAGCUUUGCACGCCGAUAACCCACCGAAAGGAUAGUCCCUGAUCCCCGGGCUUCGGAGGUCGAGCAUGGAUGCCUCCGACUUUGGCCGCUAUGGAACACUCUACCUGUUGAAACGACAUGAACCUGACGCAAUCGUGGCUCCUUAUCCCAUUGACGAGCCUGAAGUUACGCUGGGACGCGAUACCUCAUGCAGUAUCAGGUUGUAUUAUGCGGAAGUGAGCGCGGUGCACUGCAAAGUCGUCUUUAACGAUGAAGGCAAGGCCUUCGUUGUCGUCCUGGGUACCAACGGUCUCUUGAUUGACGACUGCCCCGUAUAUCCUUCGCCCACGGGCGGCGCCCCAGCCACUGUCCCGCUUCCCAACAACUCCAUCCUCGAGGUGCACAAGAAGCGCUUUCGGUUCACUUACCCGCCGAAGCAUCUGCGCAACGCAUUCGCCGCAAUCCCACCCACGCCGAUCGCAAGCCCCGGUUCACGCCGCCGCGCCCUCCGCAUGAGCAUGAUCACAAGCGCAAAGGUGUUCAGCCCGCGCCCAUUCGAGGAUCCGCGGCGGAAUCUGGAGGUGCUGCAGAGCCCACUAAAGGCGGUGUUCAAACCGGAAUCGGAUGACGAAGACGACGCUGGGGAUGAGGACGACGAGGGCGACAAACCAGUCGAGGAGAACCAGAACGAUGGUGUGAAUGCAGAGGACAUUGUCCUCGUCGAGUCGGACCAUCCGCGCGUUAUGGAGUCGGAGAAGGACCUUAUCAUCCUCGACCAUGUCACCGUGACUGAACCGCCCCCGUCCGCCGUGCCUUCUCCGUACCGCUCGUCAUCGUACACAUCCCCCGUACGUAUAGGGUAUGCCCACCCGUCCGCCUCGCCCUCGCGCGUGAAGCAGAUGCCCGUGCCGCCGCAGAACUGGGCGCCACCGCGCACCCCGGCGCGUCGCAUGCCGCGGGCGUCGCUCCAUCGCGCUGUGCUCAUCCGCUCUGCACAGAAGGCUGCGAUGAGGCAUGAGAUGCAGCGUGAAGAAGAGCUGGACGCGGAGGAGGUGGAGAGCAUCAUGGGGGAUGACGAGGAAGGGAAUGACGUGCAGAUGAUGGAAGACGUCGAGGAAGAGUACGAAGAGGGGGAGGUGCAGGUGAAGGAGGAGGAAGAGCAACAGCGGAGGACGCCGAUGAGUGGCUGGCGAAAGAGUCUGGAGGCAGUAAAGGGUGGGCUGGGCUGGGCCUUCCGAGCUGCCAGCGUCGAGGCGGAGGCGAGAUCAGCAGAAGACACCCCUCAUGAACAAACGCAACCUGCGGAAGAUGUGGAAGAUGAUGCAUACGAACAAGACAUGCAGGACGAGCAAGUCGAAGAGCAAUACCCCCAGCACGAUUACGAGAAUGAUAACGAAGAGCAAGACUACAUGGAGACCGAUGACAUGCAGAACACAGAGAACAUAUACCCCAACCUCCAAGACGAGUUCCAAGAACAACCCGAGGCUGGCCCCUCUACUCCCGAACCCUCUGUCACGCCUCUGAGGCCGUUGGGCAGGUUCAUGACGCCGCAGACUUCUGUCUUCCCGCGACCCUCGGUACAGGGACGCUACUCCAUCGGCGGGCCUACGACCCAUAACCUCGGUGGUUCAGUGUCCGGUACGGGCGCAGGCCCUCGUCGCGUGCGUCUUGUAGAACCAUGGAAGGUCUCGGACAUCGUCGUGCCAGCCGUAGAGGAGGAAGUCAAGAAAGAAGAAGAAAUCAUGAAGCAAGAACGAGCGCAGAGCUUGGCCCCGGUCUCUACGUUGGCAGGUACGCCCAGAAGGGAUCGCGUGAGCGAGGAGGAGAAACGGACCAUCCGAGAGCGACGCAAGUCAGCCCUCUCAACGCCUGACAACUUCUUCAACGGCCAGGCUCCUGGCUUCAGACGGGCGUCGGCUGCCCCCUCUGCGCCUCUCCCCGCACUCUUCCCCUCCGCACAGAGCACAUCGCCCAAGAAGGAGCACGCCGCCUCAUUAAAGACGGAAGAUGGCACGGAUAUAGGAUCAGAGGAGGAUGCCGGUGUGCUACUCGCGCGUAUGCGGCAGAUGGUCGAGGGUGUCAAGCGCAGGCAAAGCACGGAGGCCGGCGCGGGCGGGACUCCGCGCAGGAAGUCGCUCAGUCCACGCAAGCGCAGCGGCUUCUCGCUGCUGGCCUCCGAACCUGGGACACAUCGGCAAGGCCAAGACGCUAUCAUGGAGGAGCAAGAGGACGCGGAUGAGAACGCCGGGGCUGAUGGUCAGGUGGACGGCGCUGUCCUCCCGGUGUCUAAGUAUGCGGGUACGCCGCAGAUGAACGAUCUCCGCCACUUGUUCGCUGCACCGGGACCCUCUGCUACGCCGCAGCUUACGGGCGUGCGAGAAAUGUUCCUCAGUCAGAAGAAGACAACAGGCGUGGAGGACACCGCACUGGAAGGCGUCGGAGAGAUGAUGGCUACGCCGGCAGGAUGGCGCUCCAAGUCUGCUGCUCGUGCCCAAGAUCUCGAGGAGGAGAAUGAAGACGGUGCCGCAGACGAAGAAUUCGCUCCAGUGGUGCCUUCGCGCAACGCCAAAGGCAAAGGGGUUGCCACUCGACGAACACCUCGAAGCGUGAAUGCUCAGAAGGAGACACCAGCGAGCAAUCUUGGUACGGUAGACGAAGACGACGCGGCCGCGUCCACUCAGGUACGGUCCAGUGCUGCAAAGGUGGUGCGCCGGACACGAACACGCACUGUUGAGAGUGAUCAGGAGGCCACCAGCACCAGCGAUCCCCGUACUGCGCGUUCUCGCCACGCUAGGACAGAAGAAGAGGAUGAGGUCCCUGAACUGCCGAGCCGUACGAAGUCAGCUGCCCGAAAGAGAGCGGUGAUCAUAAGCGAUGUCAGCGAAGAUGAUGCUGGGACUAACAGCAGCAAACCUGUCCGUCGCAGCACUCGCGCAACCAGCACGGAGCCCGAAACAUCACGAAAGACGCCAGCUAGCGCAGCCACAUCUACGCGUCGGACGCGUGUGACCAGGACACCGGCCCAUGAAGAACCAGUUGCUCCGAUUCCCAAGCCUAGCACCACACGUCGUGGCCUUCGCGGCAAGGCAGUCGAGGUGCCUGCAGCCGACGAUGACAACGAUCCUUUGGAUUCCCUCGGACCGGAAGAGGCAGCGCCUGCGGCUGCUAAGGUGCGCCGUACUGGGCGAAGCCGCAUCCCUGUGGGUUCAGUGAAGCAAGAAGACGAUAGUCCAGCUAUUCCUCCUGCAUCCGACGAUGAGUCUGCAGCUCCACCCGCUCGUGCCGUGCGGGGAAGGAGGACCGCAGGAACGCCGAAGCCCGCAGCAUCGACGAGUGCAACCAAGAGCACUGCACGCUCUCGUGCAGCUGCGUCCUCGAAGAAGGCGAUUACUGAGAUACCUAGCUCCUCUGGCAAGUCCACGCCGGGUACCGGCGAAGAAGAGGAUAGCCAUGCGGGCGAUAAGGAGAACACCCCAGAACCACAGGCGGAAGAUGAUGAGCCUGCCGCCGCCGCCCCGGUCCAGGCGAAGGCAAAGACUCUGCCUGCGUCAGGGUCCAGAUCCAAGGGGACGCGGAGUACCACAAAAGUGCGCGGAGGGACGGAGGAACCUGUAGUUUCGAAGGAGGACAGUAAUGUGAAGACGCGAGUGAGCAGAAAGAGGGCGACCACAGUCGGGAAGUCUUGAAUGUGCAUACACAGAUCUUCCCAACUGGUCUGUAAAUAUGAUGUUUUAUGUAUUGAUACCCAAUCCCGAAGAUUUACGCGGCCAGGAGUAGUAGAAC